UUACUUAUGUAAUAAUUGUGUACAUACUGUAAUGGUUUUUGUAAUAAUCAAGAAAUAUGUUUGAUUAAUUUUUGUGUGAUUUUAUUGAUUGUUUAAAACAAAAAAAAUUUAAGAUUAAAAAAUGCACGGAGAUAAACAAUUUCGGUUAAAUUUCAAAAUACCAAUAAUUAUUACAUUAAUAAUUAUUAAUUUAACUUUGUUUCAAUGUCAAUCAAAUGACAAUGGUUUAUCAGAAAAAUUUACAGCGGAUGAAUGCCCGGAAUCAAAUAAAAGACAUUUAGCGCCAACAAAUGGUUUAAACGAUUCAGUAUUGAAUAGCGACGUAGAAGAUGACCAAAAUACCGAUCCAAGAGAAUUAAUGUUCUUAUAUGAAUCAUUAAAGUUAAACCACUCAUCGUUUAUUAAUAAUAAACGCAUCCUUAUAUCCAUGCAAAUGGAUACAAUUAAAGAAAUUAUUGGUUCAAUAGUGGACAAAGAGAAUACUACACAGACAGGCGAAGAUGAACCACAAACACAAUCAUCUCGAGUCAAAUGUAAUAUUACAAAAGAAAAAUUAGACAAUUUACAAAAAGAAAUUAAAGCCAUACUAACAAACACUACUGCAGGCGAAAAUAACGGCGGUAGUAAAUGUACGCUUGAUUUUGAUGACACCAAUAAUUGUAAUAAUGUCAUGAAAACCAUACAAUGUGGCUUCGAUCAUAUUAGAAAUGCUUUUCUUGAUGCAUUGACAAAUGAAGGUUCCGCCAAAGAAUUUGCUCAACUGAAAAAUGCAUAUGAUAAACUAAAAGAUGAAUUUGAAAAAGAAAAAGAAGAUUUAAAACAAUCAUUGUCACAAGAUUAUCAAUUAAAAUUAGACCAAUUAACAAAAAUAAUGCAGGAUUUAGGAAGUAAGUUAAAUCAGGCACUAGAAAAAUUAGAAAAAAAUACAGGUGAUUUAUGCGUAAUAGAAAUUGUUGGAGGUAUAAUAACAGAAGCUGUUGACCAUUUUAAGCAAUUAACAUUAACAUCAAUGUCCGAAAUUGUUACAAGAGCUUAUAAUUUUAAUAAAAAAUCAAGCCCCGAAGAGCUAAACAGAGUCGCAUACAUAGCCGAAUUUCUUGCACGAUUACCCGAAAAAGGAAAAGCUGAUGCUUUGAAAACAUUUUUUAAACGAAUGAAAGAAAUGAAACAUUUAAACAGUGUUAGAGUUUUAAUUCUUAACUACAGUUAUAUAAAAUCUGAAUUUUCCGAUUCUGAAAUAACCAAAGAAAUUGAACCACUGAUAGAUCGAUAUGUAGCCGAUUUUAUAGAUGUUAUAAGUUAUAAUCGAAAAAACUCUGUAUUUAGUCAAUUUAUAAAUCUAUAUUGUGGUAACUUUUUUAAUGCUUAUUCUCACAAAAUAUAUGAUAGUGCACUCAUUCGAGAUAAUCCUAAGGAAAGAGUUCUAUUCAAAAAUAUUAUUGAUAGUAUUAAUAAUUUCCCAUACUAUGAUCAAACUGUUGACGGAUUGUCACACGUCAAUGAUUUUAUGGUUAAACGAAAACUAGAAAAUCAUAACACUUUGAAACUGAUUUACUAUGUUAACGAAUUAACGACUAAACUUGAAAAAAAAGAAAAAACCAAAUUGGUCGCAAGUUUAAUUAAAAAACUUGAAAAUAUUAUCGAAAAACUACCAGGACAUGCGGUCAAUAUCGUCUCAAAAGUGAAUCGUAUCAAUGUAAACUGUCAGAUUAAAAAUAGAGCGUAUCCAGAUGAAUAUUUAGAAGUCGACACAUUUAGAAUGGACCUUGUCAAACGAAAAUCCUUCCUUUGGAGAUUAAAUUUUCCACCAACCGGCUAUGGUAGGACUGGAAGUAGAUGGAGACUCGAAAGUACAAAUAAUUUUGACUCUUUUACGAUAAAACACGUGGGACAUGACGAAUAUUUGUAUGGAGUUAAUAACACGGACGCAAAAGCAGAUAUUCGUCCAAUUUGUACUUGGAAACAUCAGGAUCCAAUUGCUGAACAAGCCUAUUGGGAAUUUGCACCUCGAAAUGAAGGCCAAUAUUUUACUUUGAGAAAUGUUUUCUAUCAAGAAUAUUUGUAUGCGCAUGAAGCACCUUCUAGGGACAAUAAAAGUCGGGAUGUGUUUUGUUAUAGAUAUGGAAAACCAGGAGGAGAUAUGUGGAAGGCAAGUUAUUGGGAAAUAAUAUGUUAUUAGUACGGAAGAGUGUUGUACCUAUAACAACUUACUUUUUUUUAAAUUGUUUAAUAUGUAUUUAAAAAUAUUA